UGACCAAAUGUGCGGCGGGUACGACGCCGCCAACGUCUACCGGUACACGGCUGAGAGCACUCCCAGCCCCACUCCUAGCCCCACGGAAGCUGUUUCCUUCGUUGCUCUUGGGUGCUACGAGGAUGACCCCGAAGACCGUAUCAUGGACGACCUCGUUCUUUCGGACGCCUCCAUGACAACCGAGUUGUGCGAGCAAACAUGCGUCGGGAGCAUCUACUUCGCCACACAAUAUGGACGAGAGUGUUGGUGCGGUUCGGUUGGUGCCGACUACACUGUACACGGGGAGUCCACCGACUGCACAUACGCCUGCUCAGGGGACGCUGACCAAACGUGCGGCGGGUUCGACGCCGCCAACGUCUACCGCUAUACGGAUGACAGCACGCCCAGCCCCACUCCUACCCCCACGGAAGCAGCCCCCUUUGUCGCACUUGGGUGCUACGGGGACGACCGCGAAGCCCGCAUCAUGGACGACCUCGUUCUUUCGGACUCCUCCAUGACAACCGAGCUGUGCGAGCUCACAUGCCUCGGUAGCACCUACUUCGCCACACAGUACGGGAGAGAGUGCUGGUGUGGUUCUGAUGGUGCGGACUACGCUUUGCACGGGGAGUCCACCGAAUGCACCUACCCGUGCUCGGGGGACGCUGAUCAAUUGUGCGGCGGGUUUGACGCCGCCAACGUGUACCUUUUCACGGGCGAGACGUCGACAUCGUCCCUCGUGGGAUGUUACCAAGACGAAUCGGAUGCCCGCAUCAUGGAAUUCGCGCUGACGGACACUUCUUCCAUGACAAUGGAGAUGUGCGAGGCAGAGUGCAGCGGCAACACGUACUUCGGCAUGCAGUACGGGACGGAGUGCUUCUGCGGAGGAGAGUCAACCGACCUCUUGCAGCAUGGGGAGUCAACUGCUUGCGACUACGAGUGCCCGGGGGACUCGGAGCAAGUGUGCGGAGGAUUCUACGCCAUGAGCGUGUACUCCUACUCGUAAUAAGAUCCCACCACGAAUUUUCGUGUCCUAGAUUCGCGUCAGAGAUUGGUGCUCUAGAGUAUUGUGUACCAAGUUGCGGCCGAGACAAUGGCAACACCCCUCCGAUACAUUUCGUGGGGGAGACAGAGGAGACGGUCGAAAACGUCGCAGACGCCAGAAACGAUAUGUAUUUUCGGUUCCAAAGUUCGUUGU